GAUCGGACGCCGCGGCGGCGGCCGGAAGGGCUCGGGCAGGCUUGCUUUUACCGAUUAUGCGGACGCUCGCACCCUGUUGAGAUGUGACACGUAUCGGAGGGGAAAUCUGUUUUGGAGGAAGCAAAAUGCCAAGGAAAAGGAGAAAUCUUGGUGGGAGUCCUUCUAGAAAUCCCGGGAGCUCGGAAGAAACCACAUUCGGUCCCAACAGCGAGGGGCUAGGGAGCCUUCUGACAACAUCUCAAUCGGAUGUGGACAAGGAAAAACUUCUCAGCAGCAUGGUAGAGAUGUUUUCGGAUCUGGACGCUGGUGUAGUUUACAUGGUGCUAUCUGAAUGUGAUUUUAAAGUUGAAAACGCUAUGGAUUGCCUGCUCGAGUUAUCUACUGGUGCCGAUGGUGCGGAGACAUCCUCAGCCCAUUCGGGCUUCGACUCCAUCGCGGCGGCUCUUGCUCUCGGGAACCAGCGGAGUGUCGCGGGAGAGGAAGCGGUGGGAGAAGGGGCUCCUGAAGAGGAACAGGCCUUCCCUCCCGGUAUGCGGCUGACGGAGGACGUGGAUUCCUCGAUAGAAACGGCUUUUGAGCAGUGGACUCGGUCUCCAGCGGCCACUGAGGCGUUCCCGCCCCUGAAGCACAUCGAUAGUCCCGGAGGCUCCUCGGGGUCGGCUGAGGCGGCGGAGUCCGGUUCCUCCUCCAGCGUCCCCCUCCCUUUAGAGAAAGUGGAGGCGGACCCAGGGCACUUUGAAACAUCUUCCUGUAUAUCAAGCCACUGUACGCCAGCUCCCAGUGCGGUCUGGCGGCCUGAGCGGUUGGACGGUGGCUACGUGACUCCGGGGGCGAACGCGGAGCAGGCCCACGCAAGUCGGACCCGGGAAGUUCUGGACCAGCAGGAGGACGGACAGUGGGCCGGAGAGCAAUCCGCUUGUGUUUCCGAGUUAUUUGCAGCUCCUAAGGAGUUCAGCCGCAAAUCGCAGAGGCAAUCUGACGGGGAACAGGCACAGCAAAGGCGAGAAUGCCAUUUCGAUCGGCCACAGCCACCGUCAGUGCCGUCACCAGCUUGGAAUCCAUUGGCCCCUUCAUUUUUGCCCAGGUUCUACACUCCAGUGGCAGCUAGCCCUAGGUAUUGGAGACCUGCGUCAGACUACCGCGCCCUGGGAAAUAGCUGGGCCUAUUCCCCCCCGGGUAUUCCCGGUGCCUGGGAGCAGAACGCUUCUCUGUGGAAGGUAUGGAGAAAUCAAGAUGGCAACUUUUAUCACGUUCAUGAACCUACUGUUUCUCCUACUGGGAGAACAGAGACACCUUUUAUAGGCCAAACACUUGUUCUUCUCAGAGGGGUUCCAGGAUCAGGAAAAACUUUUAUGGCAAGGGCACUGCUAGAGGAUAAUCCGGGCGGAGUCAUCCUUAACACAGAUGAGUACUUUAACAAAAAUGGGCAUUUCCUGUAUGAUGUCAGCCGCUUGAGAGAAGCCCAUGAGUGGAACCAGAAGCGAGCCAAAGAAGCAUUUGAGAAGAGGAUUUCACCUAUAAUAAUUGACAACACAAACCUACAGGCUUGGGAAAUGAAGCCAUAUGCUGCUAUGGCCCAGAAAUACAACUAUCAUAUAAUCUUCCGGGAACCAGACACGUGGUGGAAAUAUAAACCAAAGGAGCUUGAAAGGCGCAACGUUCACGGGGUAAGCCAAGCGAAAAUAAUAAGAAUGCUGGCUCGCUAUGAACACAACAUUUCCAUCUCGAAAGUCCUGAAUUCUUCCGGUCCAGUGGGGCUUGACUGUGCACAGCCCAUUGAACACCUCGGUCAGAACCAAAGUAGCAGUUCAGAGGACCCCAAGGAUAAUGAUUUGGUGAAAGAGAAUGACCUUGCUUCAUCUUGGAGGCAUCUGGAGCUAACUGGAGAAAAGAAAUUUGAGCUGCUCCCCACUGAGACUCCUUCCCUGGACACUGGCCAGUGGUUUCCUAAAGAAGAGGUGGAGCACGAAACACAGUCUCUCAGAGCGAGCGGUGCGGACACUGAGGUUGAGCAGACCUUCAGGAAUGACGCUGGAGAUUCUUCUUUAUCAGAUUCUGGAAGUAAGAAGGUAUCAACAGGCCACAAAGCUGAAGAGGAAGUGAAAAUAGAUGAAACCCAACGGCUCGAAGACAAUAAAAAUGACACGGCUGUCGUUCCCAGUGCGAGCGGAGCACUGACGAGUUGUAGUGAAAAAAUCGUAAACACUAAUGAACCAGGGACUGCAGAACCCCAGUAUGAACCAGGCUGGCAGAAGGAAGCAGCAGAAGAAAAGUCUUUGAUGCCUGAAUUAUUGAAUUUUGUUGGUGAUUGGCCAGUUGAGCAAACGAUGAGUCAGAGGGUCAAGAGGAGGAGGAGAAUUGAGAAGUCUUCAUCUGCUCUUGAUAGAGAAUCUGAUCCCUUCAAAUCAUAUUUGGAACAAGGUGGAGGUGCACUAAUGCCCGCUAAAAUAUCCGAACCUCUCGGUCUUUUCGAUGAAUGCGAGUCAGCGGGAAAUGCCGAAGGAGGGAUGUCGGAAACCUUGAACGUCGAGGAAGCCAUCAAUCUCGCUGGUUCCUUAGCCCAAAGAACGCACCGAUCUGAAAGGGAACUAGAGACAGCCACUGAUACCUCCGGUCAAGAAUGCAGUUGUGACCAAAGUGUGCCCGAGAGUUCCCUGCCCAAGGUGGGUGGGCUUUGUUCAGAUAUUGCUGAGCUAAAGCAACCAGAAAAGUCAUCUCCUGAAAGAUUACCUGAUGAAAUAACUAGUGAAAAAGAGGGUCAUCUCAAUGAGAGGAGCUCCCCUUGCCAUCAAGGGGCUCUUCCCUGCUCUCUUCCCGGAGCCCCAGACCCACCCGGGCCUCUCUUGAAAGUCCCAGAGGACAUGCAGAGAAGCUGUCCUGUCGAAGAAGCCAACCGGUGCACCCAAACUGAAUCCCAAGCCUUCGCUCUUCUGUGGAAAAUAGAAAAUCAGAAAAUCGGCAUUUCUGAUUCCAUCAAAGUAUUAAUAGGGAAAUCCGAUGGAUUCAAACCAAAAGAUUGCAGCAUGAAUGUGAAAUCAGAGGCUUGUGAAGCAAUUCCCUACCGAGUCAUGCACGAUAAGAGCACCCACGUGGAAGAAAGUGAACUCACCAGUCCUGAUGAGAAUGACCACCUAAAGACGCUUUGUAAGCUCUUCGGGUCCUUUUCAUUUGAGGCGUUGAAAGACUUGUAUGAGCGAUGCGACAAAGACAUCACGUGGACCACAAGCCUUCUGUUGGACUCGGAAACCAAACUGUGUGAAGAAAACGAAGGCGAGAGCUCGCAGGCGUCAAUGGAUAAUCAACAGAUUGAGCCCCUCGGGACGGCGUCUGAGGCAAACUUGAGCCAGGGAGAGGCCCUGCAAAGCUCAGGCCCCAGCUUACAAGACGUUAGCCAAAAUAUUGAAAUUAAACCUACUGAUCUACAACCGGUCUGUCAUUCCGACGACGAGGUUGUCCAACAGGCAGAGGAGAAGGACGCAGAUGCAGAAAAGCCCAAGUUAUUGACCGGCGUUUUGUCUGGGAUUUCUAGAGAACAAGAAGCUACAGAUGAAAUUUCUUCCAGGUUUCAGACUGAGUUUUCAGGUUUGGAUGGGCCUGAGCAAAUUGUUUCAGUCCCGUCAAAAAUCACUUUAAAAGAUCCAAACACAGCUGAGCCCGCUGGUGAACCGUUACCAGUAGAGUCUGCUCAGAGUUCACAACCUGCAUGGGUUUGGUCUGAAGAUUUUGACCCGGCAUUUGCGCCUUUAACCAAGGAUACCGAUUUCGGGGAAUGCUAUUUCAGAAAAGAAAAUGAGAAUCCCCUAGUGAAUGGGAUGAAUCUUGGGCUCCCUGAGGUAUAUGAGCAAGAAGCAACGACCGUUUUACUCGGUCAGGGGUAUUGUGGGUUACCCACCAGUUUGGCCGAAGGAGGGAUGGCUGAAGAAAGCAUAAUAUAUAAUUGUGAAGGAGACCGAGGCGAGGUAGUGACGUCUGCCCAAGUCACCCCCAAAUCUCUAACUAUAGAUUGUUUGGAGUUGGCUUUACCCCCUGAAUUGGCCCUGCAGCUUAGUGAGUUAUUCGGGCCGGUUGGAGUUGAUUCAGGGUCUUUGACAGUAGAGGAUUGUGUGGUCCACAUAGAUCUGAAUCUGGCCAAGCUGAUCCAUGAGAAAUGGAAGGACUCUGUAAUGGAGCGUCAGAGGCAAGACGAAGUAUCUUUUCCCCCACUUCUGCCAGGUACUCUUCUGGUUGGACAGUCCCGCCGGGAUGAUUCGGAUGAGAAAUUAGUUCAAAGCACAAGCAACAAGCUAACGAAGAAUCAAGUCACUACGGAAAUGCUGCCCUAUAUGGAUCACUGGAGUGCUCGGAUUCCAAAAGUGUCGCUCCGAGAAAUCAUGUCUGAGGAAAUUGCCUAUAAGGAGAAGCAGGAUAUGAAACGACUCCUGUUGCUGCCUGAUAAAAACUGUGCCGUGAGAUUAAAGGAGAAGCAACUCUUGGAGCUCUAUCCAACCAUCAACCAAAACUUUCUGAUGGACAUUUUUAAGGACCACAACUACUCUCUAGAGCAGACCGUGCAGUUUCUGAGCUGUGUCCUUGCCGCAGACCCCGUCAAAACAGUUGUGGCUCAAGAGACGGUUCACCAAAAUGAGAUCAACUCCUCUUCCAGCGCCGUGAGAACGAAAGAGAAGAAGACCAGGAAAUCCCCAGAGGUCGAAGAGGAGCCGAGUACAGCACUCUUCCAGAACUUGGAGUACCCGGCGUACGAUGACUACCGAGCGGAGGCUUUCCUUCACCAGCAGAAGAGAGUGGAGUGUUUGAAGAAGGCCCGUGAAGCCUUCUGCAUGGGAAUGAGGAAUGUUGCCACUUUUUAUGCGCAGCAGGGCCGUCUUCAUGAGCAGAAGAUGAAAGAGGCCAACCACCUUGCGGCUGUGGAGAUCUUUGAGAAAGUCAAUGCCUCCCUGCUGCCCCAGAACGCUCUGGACCUCCACGGGCUCCACGUGCCUGAAGCCAUCCAUCAUAUGAGCCGAAUAUUGCAGCAGAAAAGUGAAGAGUAUCGGCAGGGAGGAGGGAAACCGUACCUGUCCGUGAUAACGGGAAGAGGGAACCAUAGCCUCGGGAAGGUGGCUCGCAUCAAACCAGCAGUCACUCAGUACCUCACAAACCAUGGAUUCAGGUUCUCUGAAAUUCAACCAGGGUGCUUGAAAGUCAUGUUGAAGUGAAAGGAUAACCCAAGGAACUUGAACGCCGAGAUUUCCAUGUUGAAAAGGAGAAACAUUGCGGUGUUUUUGGUGUAAAACAAAUGUUUGAAUAGAAAUCAGUUCUCCAUGUAGAACAGAAUAACUGUUAGGGUGCUUUUCACAACCCGAAGGAAACUUCGUUUUCUAGCAAAUCAAACCCCAGAUACAUUGUCGCUUACAAGAAAUUGAUCGAAAACAGAGGAUUUAUUGAUGUCAUAAUGUGUCAGAGCAACUGUUGGGUGGUUUUCUUAGUUCCAGUUGCUUCCAGUUUGGCAGCGUUGGGACAGACUGUGUUGGUGGAACAUUCUUGAAACGAGUCUGCAGAAGAGCCUCCCUUUUUCCCCUACUCUCAUAGCUGCUGCUGACUUCCUGCUUUAGGUCUUUCAUUCCUGUUCCUGCCAUUCCCCCUGGACAUCUGAGACCAGUACGACAGGAAGGAUGGUAUGCAGGUUCCCUACAGUCCUUUUCCCCAUAGCCCUGGACCCAUGCUGCCGUUAGACUUCAGCUCCUGGAGGCCAUUUUCUAUUUGUCACCUACACUUUUUAAUUGGGGUAGGCCGGAAUCCUUUUAGCCCAAACCAAGUUCAUUCACGAAACAGUCUUAAUAUCAUCUAAAAAGGAAACCGUUAGCUCUGAGACCAAGACAUCUUCAUCCGAAGAAUGACUUCUGAAGGGCGAACUGCUCAGCGAGUUAAAGGUUUGCUCUGUGGGCAGCCUGCUUCUUUGGGGUGUCCCUCUUUCUGAAUGUGCCAUUUUGGGUUUGGAGACAGAAUUGUCCUCCUCAAAGGUGGGGCAUUUCCAGGGUAUUUCUUUAGGGAACCAAAGCACAAUCAACAGUUUCGCUUUGGAAUGUUGGCUUCUACGUUACAGUGAAAGCCCUUGCUUUUAGAAUUAGGGUCGCCAAAGUGACCGUUUUUGGAAAAUAAGAGUUUAGCCCAAGAGCACCCUCAAGCUUUUAAAAAAAAAAUACGAUCUCAAGGAGGAGGAACUUGUCUUUAAGAGAAAGCCCUCGCUAACGAAGAUUUGUCUUUCAGAAAAGCCACCAGAAUUUGGAUACUGGAAAUCAUUUUAGUAGGUUCUUAGAAUAUUUUUCAUGUUUUUCCAUUUUUUAAGAAUUUUAUACCAAGUUGCCGAAUGCGAUCUGCCGAUGUUAAAACCGUUACUGGUGGUCUGUGUUAGGGACUGUGCCUGGGAAAGUGAAAUCUCGUUCUAACAGCUGGCUGAGAACGUUACCAGCAAAAACCUUCCUGGGUGGCACAGAUCCAGGCAGCAGGGCAAAGAACAGGUAAAGGGGUCUGGAGAACCUGCUUAGGGCCUUUCGAGGAGUCUGGGGGUGUCAUGGCCCCCCAUCAGGGGAUCAAGAGAAUCAAGCCGGGGUGCCACACUGCCUUUGGGAGAGUUAGCCACGUUAAGUCCUCUGGAACUGAAUCGUGGGGGGCGAAGGCCUCCUGCCUAUUCCUCCGUCGUGGCCGAUGAGGACAUUUCAGAGGGGCCUGUCAGGUGUUUUUCCAGCCAAAACAAAGGUGGGCUACAGCUAAAGAGGCGCUGACAGGUGGUGUAUUUGUGUGUGUGUGUGUGUUGUCAGGGGUGCAACAGGCCUCUCUUCCUCCAGCAAAGAACCGUGGCUUGGGCCGGCACACUAGACGACCCCAACAAGCCGGCCGUUUGUCCCUGCAGGUGAAUGGACUUCGACUGCCAAUUUCUUCACAGGUUUCUGUCAUCCUUGCUGCCUUCAGAUACCUCUUCGAAAAUGUAUUUGUAGAUAUUCAUAAACUGGAAAACGAUAGCUUGCUGUGCCUUUUCUGAAGUUCUCAAGUGACGUCUUUUGGCCUUUUUCUUUUCAAAUCCAAGGGUGGCUGGACAAAGACCCGGGUUAUCCAGCAAUAGUGGUUGGUCUUUAAAGUGGUGGAAAUGGGAAACAGGGAAACUCAGGGAACCGCUCUGGCUGUUUCGAUAAGUCUAGAUUUAUAGAAAUGAUCCAAAAAGAGUAAGGGGGCGGGAAUAUUUUUUUCUGACCAAUGAUUUUAGUCAGUAAUGAGGAGUUAGUGCUUAUCAAGAGGCGAGGCGGAGCCGGAUGGCGCAGGGUGCUUGGAAAACGUACAGACACCCAAUAUGCAGCCCCAACCCCUGAGCACCUUAUCAUCUACAGGGGAAGACAGGUGGACGUGAAGAGAGAUUGUGCACUCUGAGUGCCGAGAUUGGGUCUUUUUAUUUCUUUUGUAUGAGCCCUGAGUGGGUGCUGCCCGCAGAAUAUAUCAGACCAAGAAGGCAAAGAAAUUGACAACCUGACAGUAAAUUAAAAUAAUAAACUCCAGUGAUGAAUUAAAUAGCAAAUGAACAAAAGGAUGAAUACGUAAGGUGAUCAUUACUGCCCCGUCGACUGAGAGUCUGGUAUGACUCGGAUGUGGGUUGGGGGGAAUUAAUCAGGGAAAACCUGCCUUAGGGAGGUGGGGUUUCUUUGGAAGGAUUUCAAGAAGGGAGGAGACAACCAUUCCAUUCAGGCCAACGGGAAGAAUGUUCCCUGGAGGAGUCGGAGUCCUUGUUUGUGUUAUUUUCACUUGGUGGAAAGAAGAAACUUGACCCUAGUGUUGUCGAAGCUCAAUGAAAAACUGUACUGCUCGGUUUUUUAAUCCUGGGUAGUGCUUGAGGAGCUUUUAUAUGGAAUUCAGGUUUCGACGAUGCUGCCACUUGGAAUCCGGGAAGCAGAUGGAGAAUUCCUCAUUCUUCCCCCAAGGCAGGUGGUACCUGAAUUCUCCAAAAUAAGCCGGGGGUUCCUAAUGCACCACUAAAAUGAGUAGCAGGGUCAGCGUGUGGAGCGGCUGCCCUUGGAUAUUUUUAAACCAUUUAGGUUUUUUCCCCCAGGAUUGAAUGUUUUUAUUUGUACUAUAGAUGAAAAUGUAAUUCUGCCACUGUUUUUGCUAUGUGAAUCAAAGGAUGUUUUUAUAAUUUUACAGAAUAUGUGAAUUGCAUCUCCACUCGAAUAAAGAGUUUGUCCCAA